UGCCUCUGUGACCUGGCAGAGAGCACAGAUGUGCAUCCAAAGCACCGUGUCCCUGAUCUCAGGCUGCCUGAAGAAUGGCGAGAACGUUGCCGUUGUCCUCAAGGACAUUGGAGUGCUCCACAUUGAUGGCCUGACAUUUCAAAUGAAAUUCUACCGCGACUUCCUCGAGAAGCUGUCAGGCAAAGAGAAAUUCAGAAGAGCUCUUCUCAAGGCCCCCUGGCUGCUGGACAUGGUGGCGUCCCGAGCGGCACCGGUGGCCUCCCUGGCGCUCUCUGGCUGCCUUGUCGUCUUUCCCGAGUUUCAAAUGGAGUUUGUGCCCAAACCACCACCCGGCAUAUACCGCAAGUCCUCAGGAAGCGUCCCUGCUGAGGGGAAACCAAAGAAAGAAGAGGCUUUGCCACCUCUCGUCCAAGAGGGCAAGAAAGUGAGAUUUGCUGGCACGCCAACCUUCAUCAAACGCUUGAGCUCGGCAAGCGUAGAUGCAGGAGAAUUCAGAAAGAUAAGGAGCUUGCUGCGGAAGGACAGCUCUACAUUCAGUCUGCUGCCAGCGAUCUGCGCAGUGCCUGAAGCCCAAAAGCAGCCGCUGACCUGCCAGCUGCAGGGCCAGGCAGGAACCAAAGGCCAAGAAGACCGGGGCCGAGCGCUGGGAACAAAACGCGUGAGCUUCCGUGAGGAAGACCUGGAAGCGGAAACGUUCCAAGGCCAAGAAUCCAGGCUACCACUGCUGCACUGCGACUCAGUGCAACUUCUCAGGCAGAGGGCUAAGAAGAGCAGGCCAGUGCACAAAGAACCUGAGGAGGUGGCUGCAGCAGCAUCUCAGAGUGAGGCCAGCCAGCCUGCAGAGUCCUCCGCCGACAGAGCGGGAGUGCUGCCACCGAUAAACCAAGUAACACAGUCUCCGCAGCGUCAGCCUCCAAACACCAAAGCCCCACCCCGCAGGAAGGCCACCCGCUACCCACGCUGAUGCGGGCAUGGGGCGCCCAGGACUGACAGAGCUCCACUCGAGGCUGCAAAACUGAUGCGUCAGUCCCAUCUGCAUCAUACCUAACAGUAGACCAGGCUGCCCAGGGCCCCAAACAACCUGGCCUUGAACACUGCU